UGUCCAAUCACCUGUCAGCGUGUGGGUCAUCUGGUAUAAAGAACAGUUGUUUCUGUGCAAAGUUCGUCUUGGGCCAGUCUCCCUCAGAGGGGCAGGGGCUGCCUGCUGGACAGUUUCCUUGAAAGAGAGCCAGGCAAGCGCUGUGAUUUACAGCUGCCAUUUCUAGAACACCUCUCUAGGUUCGCCUUCUAAAUAAAACCUCACCUCCUUCCUUCCAAGCUGGAGACACUCCAGACUAUUGGGAGAGACUCUGCAGAUGCUGUUUCGUGCCAACAGGCGUUUGUACCUUGCCUUUCUACUUUUUUCUUUGCCUGGAAAACUCCUACUUAUUCUUCAGGAGUUGGUUUAAGGUCAUCGCAUUUGUUAAGUCUUUAUUACACUUUUUACUAGAAUAAACUGAGGCUUUUAGAGAACUUAAUUGUCUUCCUGGACUUAUACUCGAGGAAAUUAACUCCAGGGUUUUAACACAAAACUCUGUAGGUGUUAUUCUCAAUGAGCGAAAAGGAAAAUGAGCCUUCCGGAGCAGUGAUGAGUAUUAGUGGCCAGCACUUGGUGUCUCAGCUCAGACUCCACACACUCACCAAAGCGGAAUGGAGGGAAUAUGCGCAUGCUCAGAGCUCCCGCGCACGCUUUCCCCGCCCCUUACAAGCUUAGCCGGAAGCUGCUUUUCUUUCUACCGCGGGCAGCAAGUCCGCCGGAACCGAGCUGCGGCGCUGCAGGUUCCCGCCCGGAAGAGGCAACCAAGGCGCCUGCGGACCAGCAACAUGGCGUGGUCGGGGAAUAAGGCAGCUGUUGUGCUAUGUAUGGAUGUGGGCUUUGCCAUGAGGAACUCCUUUCCUGGUGAAGAAUCACCAUAUGAGCAAGCAAAGAAGGUAAUGACCAUGUUCAUCCAGCGACAGGUGUUUGCUGAGAGCAAGGAUGAGAUUGCUUUAGUCCUGUUUGGUACAGAUGGCACUGACAAUGCCCUUGCUGCCGGUGAUCAGUAUCAGAACAUCACAGUGCACAGACACCUGAUGCUGCCAGAUUUUGAUUUGCUGGAGGACAUCGAAAGCAAAAUCCAACCAGGUUCUCAACAAGCUGAUUUCCUGGAUGCACUGAUUGUGUGCAUGGAUGUGAUUCAACGUGAAACUGUAGGAAAGAAAUUUGAGAGGAGGCAUAUUGAAGUAUUCACUGACCUCAGCAGCCCAUUCAGCAAAGAUCAACUGGAUAUUAUAAUUCAUAACUUGAAGAAAUCUGGCAUCUCCUUGCAAUUCUUCUUGCCUUUCCCGAUUGCCAAGGAAGAUGGAACUGGGGACAGAGGAGAAGGUAGCUUGCCCUUGGACCACCAUCGACCCUCCUGGCCUCAAAAAGGAAUUACUGAGCAGCAAAAAGAAGGUAUUCGGAUGGUGAAAAAGGUGAUGAUGUCUUUAGAAGGUGAAGAUGGGCUGGAUGAAAUUUAUUCCUUCAGUGAAAGUCUGAAGCAACUGUGUGUCUUCAAGAAAAUUGGGAGGUAUUCCAUGCCCUGGCCCUGCCAGCUGACCAUAGGUUCCAAUUUGUCUAUAAGGAUAGUGGCAUAUAAAUCGAUGCUACAAGAGAAAGUUAAAAAGACUUGGACAGUUGUGGAUGCAAGAACCUUAAAAAAAGAAGAUAUAAAAAAAGAAACAGUUUAUUGCUUAAAUGAUGAUGAUGAAACUGAAGUUCCUAAAGAGGAUACUAUUCAAGGGUUCCGCUAUGGAAGUGAUAUAGUUCCUUUCUCUAAAGUGGAUGAGGAACAAAUGAAAUAUAAAUCGGAGGGGAAGUGCUUCUCUGUUUUGGGAUUUUGUAGAUCUUCUCAGGUCCAGAGAAAAUUCUUUAUGGGAAAUCAAGUUCUAAAGGUCUUUGCAGCAAAAAAUGAUGAGGCAGCAGCAGUUGCACUUUCCUCCCUGAUUCAUGCUUUGGAUGAAUUAGACAUGGUGGCCAUCGUUCGAUAUGCUUAUGACAAAAGAGCGAAUCCUCAAGUUGGUGUGGCUUUUCCUUAUAUCAAGGAGGCCUAUGAGUGUUUGGUAUAUGUGCAGCUGCCUUUCAUGGAAGACUUGCGGCAAUACAUGUUUUCAUCCUUGAAAAAUAAUAAGAAAUACACUCCUACGGCUCAAGAGGUAGAAGAACUAGGGACUGACAUCUUGGAAGCACAGGAAGCAAGAAGUUCUGGAAAGGAAAAGAAUCCCAAGCAGAAAGUUGCACAACUGACUUUCGAAACUGAAGAUGGGGGAGCCUUGAUCAGAAAACAUAAAGAAGCCAUAUGCGAUGUCUCCAUCUGUGUUUUAAAAUCCUUAUACCUUUCCCAACAGUGUCUGCUGCACAGAGCUUUGCAUCCGCAGGAGCCUCUGCCCCCAAUUCAGCAGCACGUUUUGAAUAUGCUGGAUCCCCCCACUGAGGUGACAGCAAACUGUCAGAUUCCUCUCUCUAAAAUAAAGACCCUUUUCCCUCUGACUGAAGCCAUCAAGAAAAAGGAUCAAGUAACUGCUCAGGAUAUUUUCCAAGACAAUCAUGAAGAUGGACCCACUGCUAAAAAAUGCAAGACUGAGGAAGGGGAAGCCCAUUUUAGUGUCUCCAGCCUGGCAGAAGGCAGCGUCACCAGGGUUGGAAGCGUAAAUCCUGCUGAAAACUUCCGUGUUUUAGUGAGACAGAAGGAUGCCAGCUUUGAGGAAGUGAGUCAGCAGCUCAUAAAUCACAUUGAACAGUUUUUGGAUACUAACGAAACACCAUAUUUUAUGAAGAGCAUGGACUGUAUCAAAGCCUUCCGUGAAGAAGCCAUUCAGUUUUCAGAAGAGCAGCGCUUUAACAGCUUCCUGAAAGCCCUUCAAGAGAAGGUGGAAACUAAACAGUUAAAUCAUUUCUGGGAAAUUGUCAUUCAGGAUGGAAUUACUCUCAUCAGCAAAGAUGAAGCCCCUGGAAGCUCUGUCACAGCUGAGGAGGCCAAAAAGUUUCUGGCUUCCAAAGAAAAACCAAAUGAAAAUGCAGCAGCCGUAUUUGAAGAAGGUGGUGAUGUGGACGAUCUACUGGACAUGAUAUAGGUCGUGGAUGUGUGGGGAAUCUAAGAGAGCUGCUGUCGCCAUGGUGCUGGGUGUUCUGACAGGACAAGCUGGAGGAGGCCAUUCAGAAGCUCUGGAGAUAGUCCCAGCAGGUUACUGGGAAGUGGAUCACCUAAUUCUCUGUGGAAUGAGUACACACAUACAUAUUAUAAAGGAUAAUUUAGACCCCAUACCAGUUCAUAAAGAAUCAUUGUUAUUUUCUGA